AUGUCGAUCAUUGAGUACAUUUCUCAAGUCCCGUUCCCUAUGUGGUCUCUAUUUCACGACAGUGGUCGCAGGUAUGGUAUAUGUACUACUAACUUCUCGGAGACAUUCAACAAUGUGCUGAAAGGAGCUCGGUUUCUACCGAUUAUGUCCCUUGUCGAGUUAACCUUCCACAGAGUUAACAAGUAUUUCACUUUGAGAAGGGAGUCUUCUGAGGCUAGGUCUGAUCAGGGACUUCCAUACCCCCCAAAGGUCACUGCCAUCCUCGAGAAGAACACCGCUAAAGCCAGAUAUCAUAGAGUGGAUGCCUAUAACCGGCGAUUGCAUAUUUACCAAGUGACAACAGAGAGGGGAGAGAGAGUUGGUAAUAAAGGAGGCCACAAGCAUACGGUGAACUGGCAGUUGAGAACGUGUAUGUGCAACAAACCGAAGAUAUUCCACCUCCCAUGUUCUCAUGUGCUAGCAGUCUGUGCUACAUACUCACUAUCAGAACGGCCUUGGGUGGACCCUCUGUUGCAGUCGGCCGCCUACAUGAACACCUAUGCACCACAGUUCUGGCCGAUCCCCUGCGAGACAACCUGGGCACAGUGGGCACAGUACGUAGGCAUUAAACUCAUUCCGGACGGCACAAUGAUACGUGGAAAAGGUCGUCCAAAGUCGAAGCGCAUACGCAAUGAGAUGGAUGACAGCAACCGGCCCCCAACCAAAUGCAGCCGUUGUCACCAGCAAAGUCACAACCGCACUACUUGUCCAUCUAGACCAACAUAG